AUGAUUAUAGGGUUAUGUGUAAAAUCAAAUAAAUGGAGUUGGAGAUUGAACGCGCAUUUGUCAGCAUUUUACUCUACUUUCUUUCUUUGUUCCACGUGGCAAAUUCGAACCGCAUUCAAAUUAGAAUCAAACGAAUAUCGUUUUAAACAAAUUGAAAUUAUAACAGCUGUUUGUAACUUGAUUUUUUCUUUAAUUAUUACAUCUAUUGCCAUUACAACUCCCAAAGGACCUCCCAUAUUUCAAGAUGGUCGAGCUGUUAGUGCUUUAGAAUAUUGUUCUAUACUGGAUUAUAUUUCAUUCAACUUUGUUACUCCUUUUAUGAUUAAAACUUAUUCAUUAAAAACAUUUCAAGAUUCUGAUCUUAAUUUAUUACCAUUUUCUUCUCAAGCUAAAAUUUUACAUAAAAUCUUUAAAAACACCCAAGGGAAUAAACUUCUUUAUAGAAUUUGGAAAUCUAAUCAGCAUCGACCUGAAAAUGGAUUAUAUGAAUGGUGUUUCAUAUAUUUAUUAGGAAUGUUUUUAUCAAAUGUUUUACUUCAAUUAGAUAUUUCUCAACUUUGGUAUUGGAGUUCAAGUGUUUUUCAACUUAAUCUUAAAGGAAUGUUAAAUUCUGAAAUAUAUUCAAAGAUCGAUACAAGUCGGGUGUCAGAAUUUGCUGUAUGGUGGUGGAGUGUAAUUGAUUCUCCCAUAGAAUUGGCUUUUGGAAUUUAUUUGUUGUAUCAAUUUCUUGGAGUUGCUUGUUUAUUUGGAUUAUUAGCGAUGAUAUUUACACUUCCUAUUAAUCACUAUACGGCUAAGUACUAUGCAAAAACCCAAGACGAUUUAAUGAAUGCUAGAGAUCGUAGAGUCAAUUUGAUGAAUGAAAUACUCCAAGGAAUUCGAAUGAUUAAAUUCUUUGCUUGGGAGAAAAAAUGGGAAAGCAAGGUUUCAGAUGCGCGAGAAUCAGAACUUAAACAACUUCGAUAUAAUUUUAUAUAUUUAGCUAUGUUUGAUCUAUUAUGGAUGCUUUCACCUAUACUUGUCACAAUUGUCAGUUUAUUCUUUUUCACAAAAGUUCAAGAGCAGGAACUCACGGUGUCUAUUGCGUUCACUACAAUAUCAAUUUUCAAUGAGCUUCGUUUUGCCCUUAAUAUUUUGCCUGAACUCUUUAUUGAAGCACUUCAAGCCUCAAUUAGUCUUAAAAGGAUAAAUAAAUUUUUACAUGAAGAUGAAAUUGUUAUUCCCUCGGACGACUUAAUUUCCCAAGCGAUUACUUCAAUAGGUUUCGAAGAAGCAACCGUGACUUGGAAUAAGCAAAAGGAGGAAAAAGAAGAAAACAACAAUAAUCUUAAUAAGGAUGCAGAAUUUACUAUCCGUGACUUGAAUUUGGAUUUUCCAAUUGGUGAAUUAAGUAUAAUAUGUGGACCAACUGGUUCUGGAAAGACAUUGUUAUUGUUAUCGCUUCUUAGAGAAACAUAUUUGAUGAGCGGCAAAAUUCAUUGUCCUGUUUCUCCUCCUGAUAAUUAUACCGAUAAAAAUUUGAAUCCUAUUAAUUGGAUUAUUCCAAAUUGUGUGGCAUAUGUGGCACAACAAGCAUGGCUUCAAAAUGCUUCUAUACGUGAUAAUAUCUUAUUUGGCUUACCACAUGACGAAACACGUUAUCUCCAAGUUGUGAAAAUGUGUGCGUUAGAAAAAGAUUUUGAAAUUUUUGAAGAUGGAGAUUUGACUGAAAUAGGUGAAAAAGGAAUAACUCUUUCAGGUGGACAAAAACAAAGAGUUUCUUUAGCUCGAGCGGUAUAUUCUAGAGCGAAGCAUAUUUUUAUGGAUGACGUUUUAAGUUCCGUCGAUGCACAUACUGUUCGACAUCUAGUGACCGAAUGUUUAAAGGGUGAUUUAAUGAAAGGACGUACUCAAAUUCUUGUAACACACCAUGUCAGGUUUUGUUUAUCAUAUGCAUCUUAUUUGGUAAAUAUAAAUAAUGGAAAAGUUUCAGCUGCGGAUUCUGUAUCUAAAUUGCGGGAUUCAGGAUUGUUAUCUUCUUUGUUGGAAGAUUCAGAUCGACAAAUAAAAUUAGAGGAUCCAACAGUUGAAAGCAUUGAAAACAUUAGUCAAUCGAAUUCCGAUGCAAAUCCAGCACAUAAUCCUGAUUCAUCCAUCUCUUCGGAUGCUACUCUUGUUGAAAACGAAAAUCAAGUUCCUGCGAAGAAAAGCUCUAAACCUAAAGUGCUUGUUGAUGAAGAAGAACGUCCGAGCGGCAUGGUCCGAAUGAAGAUUUAUAAAACAUAUUUUCGUGCCAAUGGACAUAUUCUAUUUUGGUUUAUUGUUGCAAUAUUUUUUUCUGGCACGAGAGGAUUGCAAGUUUUAGAAAGUUGGUGGCUCAAAGUGUGGUCAGAAGCAUCAAUACCGGAUUCUAAUCGUAACGGAACUUCACCAACAAUAUUGGAUAAUAAGAUAUUUAGAAAUAUGAAUGCUGAUUAUAUAUUUAGCAAUAUAAAUGUCAACAAUAUAUUUAACAAUGUAAAUGUUAAUAAUAUAUUUAGUAACAUAAAUGAACAACAUAGUGUUAAUUAUUACUUGAAUAUUUACGUGGCGAUUACACUUGCAACUGUUUUUUUCGGUAUUUCACGUUUCUUGUGGCUUUAUUAUGGAUCUUUGAAAGCUUCAAGAAAAUUAUAUCGAAGGUUGCUUCAUCGAAUAAUUAGAGCUCCUCUGAGAUUUUUUGACACAACUCCAAUUGGAAGAAUUCUUAAUAGAUUCAACGAAUUUGGAUGGUUUUUGACAUAUGCUAUCAUGAUGAUUAGUACCAUUAUGGUUAUAACUGCUAUUACAUACGAGUUCAUUGUUGCCGCAAUUAUAUUCGGUAUAAUGUACAUAUUAAUCGGUAUGCUAUAUGCAAAGGCAUCUCGUGAACUCAAGAGAAUGGAUUCUACGACAAGAUCUCCAUUGUAUUCCCAUUUCACUGAAUCUUUGAUUGGAAUAACAACAAUUAGAGCUUUUGGUGCUGCUGAACGUUUCAUGCAAGAAAUGUUAUCGAAGAUUGAUAAUAAUCUUCGCCCAUUUUUUUAUGUUUGGAUAGUCAAUCGUUGGCUAUCUAUUCGAUAUAACAUUUCAGGGGCAUUUAUAACUUUCUUGGCUGGAUUAUUCAUAAUAUUAAAUCUUGAAAGAAUUGAUGCUGGUUUGGCUGGAUUAUCAUUAUCAUUUGCCAUGUAUUUUUCUGAACAGAUCAUGUGGUCUGUAAGAAGGUUUACAUCAUUAGAAAUGAGUUUAAAUGCAGUAGAAAGAGUUAGCGAAUUUUCCGAAAUACCACAAGAAGCUCCAGCUAUAAUAGAACCAAGACCUCCGGCUAAUUGGCCUCAUAGUGGUGCCAUAACAGUGCAAGACCUUCAAAUAAGGUAUGCACCAGAUUUGGAACCGGUGUUGCAUCAUAUCUCAUUUUCUGUGAAUGGACAAGAAAAAGUAGGAAUAGUUGGAAGGACCGGAUCUGGUAAAUCAACAAUUGCGUUGUCAUUAUUUCGCUUCAUUGAACCAUCGGAGGGGAAGAUCUUUAUUGAUGGGAUUGAUGUUUCCACGAUUGGUGUAGAGGACCUUAGAUCAAGGAUUACAAUCAUUCCUCAAGAUCCAAUAUUAUUCACUGGUUCAAUACGCUCAAAUCUUGAUGCGUUUUCACAAUACGAAGAUAGUGAUAUAUUUGAAUCAAUGCGUCGAGUUCAUUUGAUACCUUCUGAAGAUGACUCAGAAUCUAGUAUAAUUACAGGAGAUAAUGAUAACAUUAACACAUUCAAAAAUUUGGAUACACCUGUUAGUGAAGGUGGUAAGAAUUUUAGCCAAGGUCAAAGACAGUUAUUGUGUCUUGCUAGAGCUUUGUUGAGAAGAACUAAAAUUAUAUUAAUGGACGAAGCUACCGCUAGCAUUGACUUUUCUAUUGAUGAGAAAAUCCAAAAAAUGAUUCGAACCGAAUUCGUGGAUUGUACUGUCAUAUGUAUCGCUCACCGAUUGCGUACUGUAAUUGAUUAUGAUCGGAUAUUAGUUUUAGAUAACGGUAAUAUUCGAGAAUUUGACAGAAUACCGAAUCCUCAUUUUAUGCAAUGUGCCAAAAUUCUGGUGAACUUGACUUAUUGA